AUGCAUAGCGCUGACCUGUGUGACAGUUCGACGAACACCAGCUCUACUGAGAUUGGUCGUCGCCGGUCCGACCAAAGUAAUUCACAGGAGACUUCCAGCAACACAGUGCAACCGUUAAGCCGAAUGACCAAGUUUAAAAUAUUCCCUGGUCCUCCAGUGUGGACAACUCGAUGGUUGCAGCAACAAGGUUCAAAAGCUCAAUGCCUGACAAUGCGGCUGUUCGAAUACCGCGGAAGCAUGGUCGUAGUUGUGACACGGGCUAGUGAUUUCGCUAACCAAGACAGGCCUCCAACAACUUAG